AUGGAAAGACAAGUGACUCGCCCAAACGUGCAGCACCACCUGCCAAAAAACAGCCUACCAAAAAAAGCAAGAUUGGACAUUGUUAGACUCACCUCAACGACCCGAGCAGGAUCCUCUACCACACCUGUUGAGUCCUUCACUUUGGGGGCAGCCCUGGUGCCCGAACCCAACGUGGAUCAACAAAUCCACGCCCAGCAUAACUGCAUACGACAUAGUACAUUUGUUCACACACCACUAUCCUCGGGUAAGCUCAUGAAAGACGACUUCUAGUUCCAGAGUUUUAAAGAGUCUGUGGACAGACAGCAACGUGAAGGUGAGUACAGACAACAGCAAGAGGCCAUGUUACCACGUCAUUUGAGAAACAGUAGACUCUUCUAAAAAGUUCGUAAUAUAUAGCUCAACCAAAAAGAAAAUGCCUGCAGUCAGCUGUCUUAAUGGAUAGGAUUUGCCCCUGACCUGGCGUCUGUGUGUGUAAGGCGAUCUUUGCCAGGAUCUGCUAUUAACCCCCUGCAUCACCUUCAUCCACAUCAACUAAAGCAUCCCGUCGAUGUCUUUCUCGAGAUGGCAUCCACAGGGUGGAACUAGGGGCGGUAUGUAUGUUCAUUGUGUGGUUACAGGAGCACCCUCGUGCCCAGAAUCGGGACACACUCUUGCAGUUGUUUUACUCGGAAUAUUGACAAAAAGAUCUCCAAUGACCGACUUAGUAUAGUACUCAGCGUAAAAAGCGAAUUUCUGCACUUUGUAAAGGCACUGCAAAUUGUAAUAUCGCAUUUAAUAAAGUUGAUGAUUCUUGUCAAAAGAUUUCUUUCGCAUCGACCUAAUUACUGAUUAGACUCAGAGCCACUCCGAGUAGUCUGUGAACCCCUUUGAGCAUAAAACAACAACUCUUAGUAAUCUAGAAUGAUUUUGGAUAUCAGCAACUCCGAGUAAACACUGAGCACCUUAAAGUAGCCCAGUGUAAUGCUGAGUAAUUAGUACUGUUUCCUCUCGUUAACGUUCAUCAAGUAAUUUGGUUUAAAUCAAAGUCUACCGAUUUAUAUAUCAGAAAUGAAAUGGUAAAAUACUUAAAUUAUGUUCAGUAUGGUGUGAGGCUAAUUUGAAUAACAUCUCGGUGAAUCUAGUUCAUGACUAUUCAUUUUUUUUAACCAGUGUCUAUUAACGAAUACCGCAAAUCUUAAGUGCUGCAAAAAUCAAAGGAACUGAAAAGACCUUUCAAAUCCUAUAAUGUUCGCGAGGUCAUUGAUCUAGGUUUUUUGGUGUAAUAAAUGUCACACGUCACAGAGAAAAGGGCCCAGGGUGUUUCCGAAGUCGUUUUACAGUUUUAAUCGCGUAGCUAAGAACAUACAAAAACUUAGCGCCGAGAUCAAGCUGUUCUCGAAAAACUCGUGCUUUUACAUCAGAAACCUACGCUAUAUAUCCAGCAUGAAAUGUCCCAUCACACUAUCUCCUCCCUAAAGGGAAGGAAUCUCCUGAUUCCCGAUUGCCACGAGUAACAAAACAAAAUACAGUGAAUCCGUUUAGUCUCUUAGCAAAAACUGAGGUUUAUCUCUGUAAGAAAGGAUAGCGAACAUAUUAAGAUGGCGAACACACGCUCGAAAUCAGCUGCUGAGAAAACAUCCAGUACGAAUGUAAAUGGUGAAAGUCUAGUUUCUCUAGACUCUGUCAGAGAAUUACUGAAGGUUCAGGAGGACACUAUCAAAGUUUUUCCUCUUCGUUCAUCGAUUCUGCCAAUAACAGAAUCGAUUAUCUUUUGAAGGAAGUUCGAGAAUUAAAGAACAGUCUUGAGUUCACUCAAGGGCAAGUCUCUCAACUCUUUGAUGUUCUCGACCAUAGUAAACUCCAGGAACUUCAAGAUGAUAUGAAGUUUCUACUCGACAUUAAACAGACGACCUUGAAAACCGUUCAAGAUGGAAUAAUCUCUGCUUUGAAGGCAUCCCCGAGCAAGGGACAAUUUAUAUCAGUAUCAUGAUCUCAAUGAAUCCUAUAAUUACUUUAUUUCUAAAUAUAAUGAAAAUUUUAAUUUUUAAUUUAAAAGGAAGUCUAAACUGUUAACUAAACCCUGGAUAACUCAAGGUUUGCUUAAGUUUAUCAAGACCAAAAGUAAAUUGUACAAGGCUUUCUUACGCAAUCCAUCCUCACUGAGACAUGUUCAACAUAAACAGUAUAGAAAUAAACUUAACCAUCUUUUAAAAAUAUCUAAAUGCAACUAUUAUAAUUGUAAAAUUGAAUCAGCCAAGAACAAUCUGAAAGCUGUCUGGGAGCUUUUGAACACUAUUAUCAACAGGCCUAAAAUUAAAUCACCAAUCCCUUUUAAAGAUGGUCAACAAGAAAUCAAGGACCCUGGUCUCAUUGCUCAUAAAUGUUGUGAAUAUUUUACCAACUUAGGUCCUAGUCUUGCUAAGAAGAUUCCUAAUACAACCUUCUUGUAUCGGGGUUUUUUGGGAAACCAGAUACUUGAAUCUUGUUUUUGUUAAUCCAGUUUCCACUGUGGAAAUUGAGAGACUGGUCACCUCAUUUAAAACUCGGAAAGCUUGUGGUUUUGACCAUAUUAACAUGUCUGAUAUUAAAUCCAAGGUCAAAAUUUUAUCUACCCCACUUUGCUUCUUAAUUAAUUUGUCUAUUUCUACCGGCAUUUUCCCUGAUAAGAUCAAAAUUGCAAGAGUUGUUCCUGCUUAUAAAAGUGACAAUCCUUCCCUAUUUUGUAAUUAUAGGCCAAUUUCAAUUUGUUUUUCUAAAUUUUUUGAAAAGGUAGUAUAUAAUAGGCUAAUUGAUUUUAUCGAGAAACAUAAUAUUUUAUUUUCGCAUCAGUAUGGCUUUAGAUCUCAACAUUCUACCAGUUUAGCUCUCAUUCAGCUUAUUGAUGAAACCUCCUAUCUGUAG